AGUUGUUGUCAUUCGACUUUGGCAUCAUUGUGGUGGCUGUAGCUGAAAAUUGUGAUUAGCAGGGUCAAAGUUCCCCCCCCUUCCCCCAAGGGCGACAAGAACAUGAUAAAGACUGUUUGGAACUGCUUUUUUGUAGCUGAGAGCUCUCCAUUUCCAGACGCAGACAAGUUCGUCUGCUGGCCCACGAAGUAUCAGUGUACUGUAAGGACAAAAGGGGUCCAACAUCAAUGUAUUGGACUGCACAAAAGAGCUGAAUCUGCAAGAGAACCAAAUUAGUGUUCCAACUUUGCUCCAAGACAGCAUAUUCUGUAUCGACUCUCGAAACAACUGUAGAUAUGAAUGAAGAACAGUCACUCGUAUCUGCAACACCGAUGGUUCUCCUCACCUCUGAGAAUACUGAAAUGACAGAUAUCGCUACUAAUGCAACCCUUGUAAGAAGAUUACGGAGAACCAGUCCACAAGACGGCAUAUACAAUUUAGUUGAGGUACUUUGGAAAUAUGUUCCGCCUUUUUUGAUAGUGUUCGGAACAAUCUUCAAUAUAUUAAUCAUUGUCAUUCUCCUGCGCCGAAAAUUUGGUAUGCCAUCAACACGAAUUUUACUGAUUUCCCUGGCUUUAGUAGACACAGCUACCCUAUUUACGGGACUUUUGAGGCUGUGGAUAAUGUAUGUCUUUGACGUAGAUGUACGGACCUUGACUUCUCUCUCCUGUCCGAUACACUUAUUUCUCAUCUACGUCUUCAGGCAUUUGUCUUGCUGGAAUGUCGUACUUUUAACACUAGAGAGAUUUCUCUCGGUUUGUCUUCCGCUGAAGGCAAGGAUAAUUUGCACUAGAAAGGUGACCUGUGUUGUUCUCGUCGUAACUAUAAUUUUUCUCCUUCUUCUAAACGGACACUUUCUUUUCUUUCACACUAUUAUAUACAACAGGUGGGGGUCAUUUUGCGUUUCGGCAACGGCGGCAUAUGAAAAUUUCAUAUUCGCUAUUUGGUAUUGGAUAGACCUCCUAUGUUACGUAGGCCUACCAUUCGUGAUCAUUGCUUUCUGUAACUGCUCCAUACUCUACAAAGCAAACCAAAGCCAUGUUGAUCGCUUAAAGUUUCAAAGCAGGGACAGAGACAACAAAACUUCUGCGGAUUUAACCACUAUGACCUACAUGCUAGUUACAAUUAGUGUGGCGUUCGUUUUAUUAACUUUACCCUUUUCGUUGCAUUUCAUAGCGUCAGGUCAGGUUAAAAAUCCAACCGAACAGCAAGAAGCUGAUUUCACGCUCUCUUAUGCAGUCACUUACUUGAUAAGUUACGUCAACAACUCAAUAAAUUUUCUGCUGUACUGUGUAAGUGGUACGCAGUUUCGUCGCGAGGUAUUUAAAAUGUUAAAGUGUUAAAUAUAAGCUAUAUAACAUUCUUGUGAAAAUUGCACCACAAUCAUAGCAAAUCGUCGAACCAUUCAGAUAUUGUAGCCUACAGUGAAUAGACAACCAAUAGCAAGCGA